UACUAGGGUGAGAAGUGGUGCUUAAAUACACAGUGACCUGAUUACUGAUGACGUGCAGGUGUGGCUAAUGACCGGUAGAAACAGGGAACAGCUGAGACAUGAGGUAAACAGGAAGUCCUUUCAAAGUAUUAGCAAAGGUGAAACCAAGACGUGACAAACAGAAGUAAGUAGAGGACAGAAAGCAGCGACGCUGACGCUGGUGUCAGAAUCACGUGAUGCUCUAGACUGUGGUUCAAAAAAGGUCCCUUCAUCAGUCUGUCAGACACAAACAGGUCCGGGCUGAACGAGUUGUGGUGGCUAAAAAAGACACAUGUUAAGGCUGCUGGAGAACCAGCACCGCUCCAGUCGACCCAGGUAUGUUCCAGAACUACAGGAUGAUAACAAGCGAAGACAACAAGUAAAAUAAUUUCUUCAGUGUGAUGGCCGAAGCUAAAGGUAGGAUGGCGACCCUCUCCGCCAAUUUAGUGUCCUGGCGUUGACGCUCGAUAAGUAAUCGAUAAGUACAGUCUAUCAAACAGAGUUGGUUCCAACUUGCAUGGUGAGAGUAGGUAGAGCACGGCAUUGCAUAACACUGUUCAGCUCACUACUAAAAUUCGGUCUAACAGUAAGCCUGUCCUUUUAACGGGCAGCCCACCUUAAAAUGACCAGACUGACCACAGUACAGACACAGACCUAAGCCACGGCGAUGCUUUUUCUCAGUAUCUGUCAGACAGGCUCCACCAAACUGCAUGGCCUCCUCGGUAGGCAGCAGAACUCCACAAGCACUGACAAGCAGGGAAACCUGCUUGAUGAUCUGCUCAUGGUAUUCUCUCCAGUAGGUGACAUAGCAUCCGCUCAUGCCGCUCCCAGCUUGGGAACCGACUGAGUCCGAUUGUCGCUUCUACUACCGCUGCCCCCGAUUACAGAUCCACAGGCGACGGUCAAUCUAAAUAGCUAAAGCAAUCAAAGCAAAAGCAAAGUCGCUAGGCAGAUCUUGAGCGGCUAGACGGUCUUUUACCUGGCGGGAAAGGCCCAGAAUAAAAAUAUCUCAGAGAUCUCAUCUCAGCCUCACGGACUGGGGCAUUCUAAAAAUUCUGUUUUAACACUUUAGCAAAACUAGAAAACGUAGACAGGCAGGCCGACUUAUUUUGCCAUUCUGCCGUAGCCAAAGCCUCUGCGUCAGGAAGAAGAAGAGAGGAAAGAAAAAAAGAAGACCAAAUGGUGGAAGCUAAAGAAUGAAGAAACUUGCAAAGAAUUCAGGCAGAAGUUGAGGCAGGCUCUGGGUGGUCAAGAAGAUCCAGAUGACUGGGAAACUACAGCCGAGGGUAUCAGGGAAACACAUAGAUAAUGUUGAGGAAAAAGUACAGACAUGGUCAGAAACAGCUGCAUUGCGUCUUUGUGGAUGUAAAGAAGGCGUAUGACAGGGUGCUGAGGGAAGAGCUGUGAUACUGUAUGAGGUGGAUGGGAGUUGCUGAGAAGUACGUCAGAGUAGUCCAGGACAUGUAUGAGAGGACUAUGACGGUGGUGAGAGAGUUCAAGGUGGAGGUGGGACUACACCAAGGAUCAGCCUUGAGUCCCUUCUUGUUUGCAGAUGAUAUUGUGAUCUGCAGUGAGAGUAGGGAGCAGGUGGAGGAACAGCUGGAGAGGUGGAGGUUUGCUCUGGAAAGAGGAGGCAUGAAAGUCAGUCGUACAGACUGAAUACAUGUGUCUAAACGAGGGGUCAAGGUAGAACAGUGAAGUGACAGGGGGAAAGAGGGAAACCAAGAAGGAGAUAGAUGGAUGUGCUGAGGUGAGGUGAUGAGGAUGGCUGGUGUGAGUGUAGAAAAUGUCCAGGAUAGAAUGAGGUGGAAAGGAUGAUUCGCUGUGAAGACCCCUGAUGGGAAAAGCCGAAAGAGUAGUUGUUACGAACUCGCCCCGUCGGUUCCGAACCGGCGGGGUUUGACAGGGAACCUAUUAACUCCUCCCGUCGGUUCCGAACCGGCGGGGCUUUGACGGAACCCUGGGGCAGGAGAGGGAAUGCGGUGGAGAGAGACGGUGACAGCACCCGCUCCAAGCGGGGAGAACUACGGCUCUCACGGAGCCGGGAGGAGAUCACGCUCACACUGAGCGGAGGCUUCAGGCACCACGGCCGACGUGCUUCCAGCACACAGCUCUCUGUGUAAUCCCUUGCACAGACACCUGGCCGCAACCGGCAGACCAGGUCGCAGGGAACACAAGAGAGGGAAGACCCCAAGCGCACGACCCAAUACAGAGGGUACAAUUGACAUUAACGGUUUAUUUAAAUAUAACAAAAACUUACUGCACCGCAGGACUCAGUUCAACACAAAGGAAGAACUAAAAAUCACUGCAUUGCAGGAAAACGAUAAACUACCUAAUUCACUAUCUAAAACUAAACGCUCCGUACACUACGGGCAAAAAUCCUAAACUUGAAACAUAAGACCUAAACAUGAAACAUAAGACACUCACAAAACUUACGUGGUGGGACAGGACAUAAACAAAACCAAAACUCCUUGCAUCACGACUCUCCUCAAUGUAACAAUGGGGUAGCAUCCAGCUACACCGAGCGUACACACCAACAAUGUGUCCAACACAAAACAUCCCUUAAAUACAAAUCAAACAGGUGGGUCAACUAAUUACACAGGAAAUUAAACUCAAACACAGACCCACAAAAAGUCCCAGGAGCGCCUCUAGUGGCGCGGAGGCAGAACGUCACAGUAGUAGUAGGCAAAAAAGUACAACACUAUAAUACAUACACUUUAUUACUGUUAAUCAAAACAAAAACAGUAACUAUUUACUGUAAUUAUGUGUAGAAAAGAUACAUGUAUAUAAUUUGUAAUUCAAUUGAAAUCAUUAAGCUUGGCCAAAAUAAACUUGAAUUUAAUAGUAUUGGCACAGAUCUUGGUGGAAUGGUGGGAAGCACUGUCGCCUAACAGCAAAAAGGUGCAGGGUUUGAUUCCCGGAGCAGCCCGCGUGCCUUUCAAACUCAGUUCUCAAGCACUUGAAUUGUUUUACUUAGUGUCUUUCAGUAAGUCUUUUUAGAAAUUUAAAACCCAUUUGUGAGGAUACCCUGCGUUAAAGGGUCUGGAUGAGGUGCAGACCAGUCCAGCCUCCACUCAUAAGUUUUCUCUGUCUGUUUUAGCGUGAUCAGAAAAGUAAACACGUAACAAAAACAUUGAUAAACACAUUAGGCAGGUUGUACAAAGUCAUGGUGUAGAAUAAAUCCUUCUGAAGGCUGCAAACAUUAUACUGGAGGAUUAGAUCAGGAAAUGUGCACUUUUAGUCAGGAAAAUUGUUAAGAUAAUUGAAAUUAUAGAAAAACAUAAUAACAUGUAUAACACAGAUAAAUGCACGGAAAUGAAUUUUUAUUUUAUGUUUUUUAGUCACAUUAUGGUAUUGUUAGACAAGGUGACACCCCACCUACCGAGUUCUCUGGCUUCCCCCAUGGUCCAAAGACAUGCGUUUAGGUUGAUUGACUACUCUACAUAGGUGUGCGUGUGUGGGUGAACAGUUGUUGGUCUCUGUGUGGCCCUUCAGUGGACUAGCAACCUGUUCAAGUACUCUGCCUCUCGCCCUCAGCUAGCUGGGAUAGGCUCCAGCCCCCUGCGACCCCAAAUGGGAACAAGCGGUAGAAAAUGGAUGGAUGGCAUGAAACAAUUAUAACUUGAGUACAUUGUACUCAUUUUUUUAAGUAGACAUGAUGUCCGGGCUUACAGUGUAGUCUAAUUCAACCACAACACAACAACAACACACCAGAUGACACUGCUGGAAAUUUCCCCCUAUUACGAGCAGUGGAUUUUCAUCAUACCCAGGGAAGUUUCUCUUUCCUUUCUCAUUCUGCUGCUGGAAUAAAAUAUCUAUAAUAUUAACUUAAUACUCCAGGAAAAGUACAGCUCAGAUACAAGUUAGCAACUCAUCCACGGGUUAAAUUCAUACAAAUUAACUCCUACUAAAAUGUUCUGAUUAAAAGAAUAUUGAUGAAAGUUUGAAAAAGCUUUCUCUUCUUUGUUUUACAUGAAGUGGUGCCACGCCCGCUUCAAACCAUUCCUAUCAUUGUAGGUUAUCACUCUAUAAAUGACACCUGUGCUCUGGCCUCGAAACCAAAACCUUUUCAGAUCGAGCCUGAGUCCAACCUGCUGCACCAGGUGAGAAACACAACGGAACCCAAGCCCAGCCAGACUGCAGGAUGUUGCUUGUUGUGUGUGUGAUGCUGUUGGUGGCCUCACGGAUGAGCUUUGGUAAGGUUGGUCCUUCCCUCGAUGAGCAGUGGGAGCAGUGGAAGACCAAAUACAAAAAACUCUACAAAGACCAGAAUGAAGAGGAGUUGCGGAGGAGAAUCUGGGAACAAAACAAGGAAAUGAUUGAAGUACACAACAAGGAGGCUAAACAGGGCAAUCACUCCUACAAACUAGGCAUGAACCAGUUUGGUGACAAGGAAUCAGUGGAGAUGCCUGUGAUGAAGGCUUCCGACAAGAUGUUGAGACACAUCUUGCCGAAAAUAUCCAGGAAAAUGACUGUGCUCGAUCAGGAAUUAAGAAAUCAGAUUUGGGAGAAGAUGAAUAAGAAGUUGAUUAAGUACGAAAAGUUCCUAAAUCAACAGCUGUUGAAUAACAUGAUUGCAGAGAUAGAAGAUGAUGACUGGGUGUCAGCAUACGACGUCUUGGAGAAAGUGAAAACCAACAAUCUCAUAUUAAGAGCUCUUGUCAUGAAUGACAUUUAUGAGCAGAUGGCUGAUCAAAGCAUCAAGUCAAAAGUCCUUAUCUUGACUGAUAUUGCUGAGACAGUAGCUCAGUACCAGAAGAUUAAGGUAUAUAAGAGCUCAGGAAAAAACUUGUCUAAAUCCAUCGACUACCGUCGUGACGGUCUGGUGACGCCAGUGAGGAACCAGGGAGCGUGUGGCUCCUGCUGGGCCUUUAGUGCUGCAGGGGCCCUUGAGGGACAGUUGGCCAAAAAGACGGGUCGCCUGCUAGAACUCAGUCCUCAGAACCUGGUGGACUGUGAGCUUGAGAGCGAUGGCUGUGAUGGAGGAGAGCCAGACUUUGCUUUUGAGUAUGUGCAAGAAAACGGAUAUGUGCACUAUGAAACGGACUACCCGUACAUUGGAGAGAAGCAGAAGUGCCACAGAACCCCCCCACCGCCUGGUGCAGCCCAGUGCAAAGGCGUCGUGUGGAUCCCAGAGGGAGAUGAGCGCCUGCUGGCUGAAGCCCUGCAUGAAGUGGGUCCACUGUCUGUGAGCAUUGACGCCAGUGACAAAAAGUUCAUGUUCUACAAAAGCGGUGUUUACUACAACCCAGUGUGUAACAAAGACGCGCUCAACCACGCCAUGCUGCUCGUUGGCUACAAGGAGAAACACUGGAUUGUCAAGAACAGCUGGGGCGAGGACUGGGGUAAGAAAGGCUACAUUAAGAUCGCACGGAACCACGACAACCACUGCGGCAUCGCCAGUGACGCCAGCUACCCCUUGGUGUGAAGCAGCUAAAGGCACUGGAGGUCAUUGGAGGUCAUUCCUCCGCUAUGCUACUGUCUUCAUUUAGCAGAUGACUGCAAUAUUUGUGCUUCUGUCACUCUUUCAGGCCUUUGAUCACAUGAACCGCCUCCUUCAUUAUGUAUUUAUUGGAACCAUUUACACCAACUCUUUAAAAUAUGGGAACAUUCUUCCGGAUUCUGUUUACUCAUCUUGAUUUGACCUGUUUUUAACCACUAUGAUGCUGAACAUAUUUUAGAUCUCAUCUAAGAAAGUGAACUUUUCCUGACCUCACUCCUGUAGGAACACGUUACUGGCCUGUGGACAUUAACAUUGGAGAACAUUACUAACAUAAAGCUUUUAUUAUUUCUAUAAGAUUCUUUAGCUUUGACCAGAUCACACACAUUUGGGGAAUUUGACUGUGUCUUUAAUUAAAUUAAAACUUGUGUUAAAUGAGUGUCUGUAGCUACUGAAAUUUGUUACACCAGUUAAAGCUGUGUUUAAUACAUCAUGUGUCCAUGAUGAUGAUGACUGAUCCUGAGCACAGAACAGAAACCAAUUCAAGCUCUAGCUUUUGUUCUGUAAUGACUGUUUCAAGUCUAAAAUUAAUCACAAUAAAUGAAAGACGUCAGAUCACGUGG